UGGUAUAUAAGAAGACAAAUUCGCUCCCUCGCGACAAAAGGUAUCGGACUGCUCAAGUGAAUCGGACUGAUCAAGUGAUCAAACAAAGUGUUCAACUUUACGAAAAAAUUAGUGCAUCAUGGCAUUAAGCCACAAAAUUAUUCUUUUCUCUAUCCUUAUCACCGCGCACUUGGCAAAAGCGAACCGAUAUGAUUUCAAGCCAACUGAAGAAUCUGAAAACAUACAACAAUCAAAUCAUGAAUUUGUUAUCCAUUCGUCAAAUACCGGAUAUCGUCCAUAUACUCCAUCUCAUCAACCAUAUACUCCACAUCAACCAUAUACUCCGAUCCCAUCACAAUUAUACUAUCCAUCCGACAUCUCAUUUAGAUUUUCGAAUGUCGGUCUUCAAAGAAUCGGUCGGAAUUUCAUUAAAAGCAACAGAAUCAUCAGUCUCAGUUUGGACAAUAAUAACAUAAGCGACGUUUCGCCGUUUGCCUUCCGCGGCAUGCCGAAUCUACGGCAUUUGAACUUAUCCGGAAACAGAAUCCCGAGGAAGAAAUUGCUGUCGUUGAACGGAAACGAUAAUUUGCAGACGCUAAUCAUCAACGACAACAACGAUAUUUCCAACGAUAAUUCCAACGAAGAGGAAAUCCUGAAGGAAUCCGAGUCUUUCCAGAGUUUGGAGCACCUGCAAUUAUGCAACAAUCAACUGCGAGAUAUUGCGAUCACUUUUUUUAUAUCAAUGCCCAUCCUAACUCACUUACACUUGAGCAAUAACAGCAUCAGUUCUAGCAAUACUGUCUUCGACAAUAUUCCGACGACUUUGACUCAUCUUAAUCUGAAGAAAAAUCUGAUUGAUCACAUCGACCAGGACAAACUCAGGUAUCUGCAUGAGCUCGUUAUGGAUGACAAUGAGAUCACCCAAGUGUGCUUCGAGGAGUGUCAGGAAAAGUCCAUACCCCUGAGAGGCGCUAUCGGGAUGAAAAAUCUAUCUUUAUCGAGCAAUCGUAUCUUUGAAGUGUCGGCCGAUGCCUUCAACGAUAUGGAGCAUUUGCUAAACUUGGAUCUAUCGGGCAAUGAAAUCGCAAAUUUGGCCAGCACUAUUUUUAACAAUACCCACCGGAUAAUUAAUCUCUCGCUGGCUAAUAAUAUUCUCGCCACGAUACCGAAUGUCUGCCCGAUACUGAACCUGGAGAGCAUGAAUCUAACCGGGAAUCGUAUCAGCUUGAUUCCUUCCGACGCGUUUUGCCGCUUACAAAGACUGAAAUACCUGUAUUUGUCGAACAACAUGAUAACAACUAUCGAAACUCGGGCUUUCAAUCUCCCAAGUUUAACGUACUUGGACCUUUCCGGAAAUCAACUCCGCCAGCUUCCGGCGCAAUGGACAUUACCGUGGCAGAUCCAGGAGUUGCAUCUCGAGCGAAAUUACUUUACCGAACUGGACGACUUAUCGUUGAUAAACAUCAAGUCUCUGAGGGACGUUUACCUCGACGGAAAUCCCAUGUUAAAGUUGAAAGUGAGAUCCUUCCACGCGCUCUCGGCACACGAUAUGAUGUUGCAUUUGAAGAAUAUAUCCGUCGUCGAGGACAAAUGCACACAGUGCGAAAAGGAUGAUGAAGAAAAUGAUAGUGAAUAUGAUUAAUCAUAAGAAAGAUUCAUCAAUAAUUUUGCUUUCGAUAAUUCAAAACAGAAUAUUAUUUUUGA